CUUGUUCUGUAUGUUUCAUUGUCGUCAAUACAUGUGAUAGUUCCAGAGUUUGAGAGUGUCAUUGGUGCUGAUUUGUUUGUGGACUCGGAUGAGUAGACUAGCAGCUUGUAGCUUUGGAAUUGUUUCUUGGAAGCUACUACAUAGACAACCACACCGGCUAGUCCGUUGAGCUAUGGACGUCGACUCGGACAUCCCAGACAGCGUUCGACGAUGGCACCCGUCCGUGCGGAGACCGACGAAUCCGCCUUUGCCGUCGACGUACCACCAAGCCAUAGACCCAUGGUUCAUAUUCGAAAUAGACGCAGACGCGGUCAAACCAGGCCGGAGACGUCACACAGGCGCCCAUGCACGUUCUAUACUCGUCGUCCCAUCGCGCUGUUGUUACUGUCGCUCAAUCCACCAAGCCUGUUCACGUAGUCUUCCAUCUUGCGCACGGUGCACGCAAGCGGGGAGAGAGUGCGUGCCCCUCGUCAUGGACGGGUACGACACUCUCCCAGGGCCGAAGACCGGUGCCACCCUGACGCCUUCUACCGGGUUUGGGUAUGUACUGAUUGCGUUUUGGUGCUGAUUAACAAUAUACGACUCCCCAGUAACCAUAACCCGACUCGAGGGCCCCGUCAGCCUCCCGUCCAGGCUCAAAGCCAGAGCUCGGACGUGCAGAAUGGAAGCGACACGCAAGGCAACGAAAAUGGGG